AGAUGCUGUAAACAGUAAGGUAGUUGGUGGUCCAAAGAAUAUGCCUUUGAAGCGCAAAACGACUGAAGGGGUUUGAGAGGUGAGGGAGGGGCAGGAGAGGACAGAAUAAGAGAGAAAGAGACCAAUUUAGGAAAGUGUUAAAAAAAUCAGCCUAGUAACACAGUUCUGUCACUUCAGCUUUGCUCUAGCGUGUUGUCCACAAUAACUAUUUGGUUUGCUCUGCACGUGCAUAGCUUUUCUUUCAGCACAAGGAAAUUUUAAUAGCAUCGUCACUGCUUCCACUCGUUCACGUUUUACUCCAGCGCUCGCAGACUAGGUUAAUUCAACAGGUCAGUAGAACUUCUCUGCGUUUUCAAUGCCUUGCAAACGCGGUGCCUGAUUUUUUUCUCCCUGCACAGACCUCCUUAAAAGUCAACAGGAGUUCUGCUGUUGCUCAGAAAAAGCGGUUGAAUUCCAAGCUUUGGCAUGCUCUUUUUGUCUUAGUGUCUGUAAAUCUCUUCUGAUUAGUAAGAUAAGCAAAUUGCUAGAAUUGAAUGCUUAUGCUAGCGAAUGCAAUCAGUUGCAGGCAAUUUUAGCAUACCUUGUAUUUACUGAUACAUGUUUUUUUUAAAGUGUUUGCAUCUAUAUCUGUAUGUGUUCUGGGCGUAUCAGCAAAUAAAACACCAGUAAGGCCGCAGGAAGUAGUACUAGUCAAAAUGAAGUUUAAUACAAUCACAAUUUAGGCUUGUUUUUAACCUUUGCUUAAGCCCGCUAAAAUUAAUUAUCUUACAGAGAAAAGGUGAAACCAACUCUGGUAUAACGAUACAUGUUCCUAACGUCUCUGUCAGGAUUUGGACCCCGUUUGGGAUCAGUGACGAACAUUGGCAAUUGUGAUAUGAGAUGCAAAAAUAACCUCAGUUAUAACAAACUUGUACCAGAAUUUGGAAGAAAUUUAAUAUGCUCUUAGCAAAGAGGCUUAAUAUCACUUAAAUUUGUGGACUUAGACUUGUUGACUCACAGGCUGCUCACAUGCUCGUUAAGCAAGUGCUGAAGUUGGUUCAUGCAUAAAAGAAGCAGCAGUCACAGGCCAAGGGCUUCACGUUGGAGGUGAGCUGGACCUGGAGAGUACGUUCUGCCCCCUGUGUCUCUCUGUCUCGCCCCUUUUUUCUUUGGGACUAGAUUUAAGAAUGGGCGUUAAAGCAUUAUGCUUCUUUGAACAGCAGCCUUCCAGCCAAGGCCUGAAGCAGGAACAUAAGCUUCUGGGAAGACUGAAGUUGCUAGACGUUGAAUUAGAAGGUAAAAAACGGUAUUGUAUUCAAAGCCAGUAAAACGGGUCUAACUAGAGGCGGAAAGGGUCAUUUCUGCGAAUAGCUAUGAUUGCUGCAGGGCAAUAUUUGCCCUCCCGCUAUGACUCCUCCUACACACUCACAACUUUGCAUAUUUCAACAGAUGUUUGCAGAGAGCAGUUUGUGUGUUUUCCAGAUCAGUUCUUACUGAAAGAUGGAGCUUCUGAAAUCCUCUCGCAAAAGUACCAAAAUUUUCCUAAGAAAGUUGUUGCCAGGAAGUGACUUGUAUUGUUGGAGGAUGACAGUUUUUUUUUUUUUUUUAAAUAGGGGGAGUGUGUGUGUAGAAACGCAUGCACACCAUUUUAUUUUGAUUUUGGAUUCCAAGUGUGUUUCACAGAAUCCAGAGGGUUGUUUCUCCUCUGUCAAUAUUUGUGACUGGUUAAUGAUCAAUCUCUUGACCUCGUGGCUGUCCCUGGUGUACAUCCAAAUCUCUCUUCUGUCUUCCCUUAAAAAAACAGAAAAGAAAAGAAAAGAAAAAAGUAAGUAUAAUUGUCUGGGUUUCUGUAAAAGUGAAUAUAUUCUGGGUCCUGUGUUUUUGGAAGAUGGCACCAAGAGCAGAGAGAGAACUAUCAUCAAACCCUGGCAAAAUUAUUUAGCCUGUGAAAAUAAUAUAAAGUGCAAACUUCUCUCUCAUAAUAUUUACUGUCAGGUACGUGGUGGAUAGCCUCAUAAUUAAAAUUCUAGCAUACGGUCUUAUUUAAUAAGACAGGCAGUAAUUACACAACAGCUGACCUCAGCCUGGGAUCCUUCACAGUUUAAACAAGGCUGUCAGUGGAGCUGGCUUCUGCUCAAUUUGGGCCUGACCCAUGCUUGUCAUAUUCAUCAGAGCUUUGCUAUUAUUUCCGUGGGCUUUGGAUCAGACCCUGUGCCACUUUCCUGAGCUAUGUCAGUCUGUACACAUUGCCUUGUGAACUACGGGGAUUCCUGUUGUCUGUUGUAGUAUGCAUCAUCAGCGGUACUGGAGAGAGCAGGGAAAUCAGAUCAGAAUGAAUCCACUGGAAUUUGUUCUCUUUCUCCUGUCUUUUGUCCUCUUGCUUCUACUUCUCUUUGUUGCUAUUUAAUUGACCCUUGUUGCCUUUGUGACAAUAUGCCUGUUUCAUUCUCCUUUUCCCUCUGAAGGUAAGCAGCAGGAAGCCAGAGGAAUUUGAACACUCACUAAAAUGGAGAGAGGUUCCUCACUUGUGAUGUUUCUCCUACUAAUGUGCUCCAUCAGCAGCAGCUGUCCGUUUUCAUAUUCAGUGUUUAUGAGAAAAGAUAAAGCACACGAGGUGCUGAAAGUCCAUAAACGCGCCAACUAUUUUCUAGAAGAGAUUCGCACAGGGAACUUGGAGAGAGAAUGUAUUGAGGAAACGUGCUCUUUUGAGGAGGCUAAGGAGAUUUUCCAUUCGCAGGAGAAAACGAUGGAGUUUUGGUUCAAUUACAAAGGUUUAAAUCCAUGUAAUACAAAUCCCUGUAAGAAUGGUGGAGUCUGCAAAAUAAGACACUACAAUUACUUCUGCAUCUGCCCCCCAAAAUUUGGAGGCGAUAACUGUGAAAGAGAAAAGUUGGAGUGCUGGUAUAAGAACGGUGGGUGCUGGCAGUAUUGCCAAGACACCAGAAGAGGCUUUGAUGUGGCAUGUUCCUGUGCCAAGGGUUACACCCUGCAUGAGGAUGGGAAAAAAUGUGUGCAAUCAGCACCAUUUCCAUGUGGCCUCCUUAAAGUCAGACGUGCUUUGGAGCGAGAGCCUCUGGGGCAAAAAAUGGUUCCGAGAGGCCUGCGAGAGAUGGAGACCAAUGGUACUGAGUGGAACGAGAGCUUGGAGGAGACCGUUAGCCAAAACGAGAUGGAUGCUGUCAGAGCGCUAAAGCCAUUAGAGGAUGCUGUUGGACAAAGCAAGAUCUUAGAGGGCGAGUCUGGGCAAAAUGAGUUGGCAGAAGAUGCUUCCAGCUGGAACAAGACGAUAGCGGACGCUGUUAAACAGCACAAGAUGGGAGAUGGUGCUGCUGGGCAGGAGGAGGAUGGCCUUGAGCAAAGUGAGACUGUGGAGGGGAGCACCAGGCCUAACGUGACCGGGAGAGGCAAGAGUGGGUGGUGUGAGCCGACAGCGGGUGCUACAUGGCAGAAUGCAACAACAGAAGCUACUGCUGGGCAGAAUGAAACCGUGGAAAACGCUGCUGGGCAAAACCAAACCGCUGAGAGUGCUGCUGGCCAGAAUGAAACGGGGGCAAUUCCACAUGUGCACAAAGAUCUUUCUCAGAGCAAUGAUGGGGAAAACGUUUCGGUCAGGCCUCAGUACACUCAGCUAAACAUCAAUACUUCAGAACAUGGUGAUUCCAGAAUAACGGGAGGAACUUUUUGUCACCGUGGCCAGUGCCCCUGGCAGGUUUUGAUCCGAAAUAGUAAAGAUAUCGGCUUCUGUGGAGGGAGUUUAAUCAGCAGUCGCUGGGUGAUCACCGCUGCUCAUUGCCUUGAUCUUGUUAGACCACACCAUGUUACUGUGGGAGACUUUGACAAAUAUCAAAGAGAAAUGAAAGAACAGAAGAUUGACGUGGAACGGAUUUGGACACAUCCACACUAUGACUCCAAUAACCACAAUAGUGACAUUGCCUUGUUGUACUUGAGCAGUAACGUCAUUUUUAAUGAGUACGCAAUCCCCAUUUGCCUUCCUAGCCCCAGCCUUGCAACUCUGCUAAGUGAAGAAGGAAGAGUAGGGAUGGUAAGUGGAUGGGGUGCCACUCACUACAAAGGCGCUACUCUGCGCUUCCUCAUGAAGGUCAAGUUGCCCAUUGUAAGCAUGGACACUUGCCAGCAGUCAACAGAUAGACUGGUUACUGAUAACAUGUUCUGUGCAGGCUACGACGCUGAAGCUGAAGAUGCCUGCAAGGGGGACAGUGGUGGCCCUUUUACAGUAUCUUACCACAACACUUGGUUCCUCUUAGGGAUUGUCAGCUGGGGUGAGGGCUGUGCUGAAAAAGGAAAAUAUGGUGUCUAUACUCGGGUAUCCAAUUACAUUCCAUGGAUUAAAGAGGUUGUUGAAAGUGUAUCAGAGUCUGAAAAGAUUUUACACUAACUAGUCUUAAGACCAUUUUUUUAAAAACAGGGAAAAGUCUAUUGUAACACGGUUCAGUUCCUGUCCUUAAUGGUAUAAAACCAUACUUACCUUCAAAGAAAUUUCUGAGCCUGUUUUUACCAUAAUUUCUAAAUUUUCAUUAAAGUGUUACUGAGCAAAAUA